GUAUGGUGUCCCGAAGAGUACUUUUGCUUGUUUCCCUGAGUCUACUGAACCCGUGUCCCGCUUUCAAAGUGCCACCCAGAGUAACCGUGGGUCCUGCCAACCCGUACGUGGUGGAAUGGUCGCAAAACGUCACACUGUCGUGCACCACCAAGGACGCAAAACCCCCCAUCAAGGCUUUGUACUGGGAGAAAGAUGGCGACCGCAUACAGCCGCCCAACCGGGACAGCGGAAAGUACGUCAACGGGAACAUGAACGCGCCAUUCCUGCUCAUCCGUAAUGUUUCAAAGGAGGAAGCAGGGAACUACGCAUGCGUGGUGGAUCACGUGACUGGUAAACAUCGGUCGGCGCUCACCCUAAAAGUGCUCUAUCCGGCCAUCAUAACCAACAUCACCAAACAAGUCGCGCCUGACGUCAUCAGCCUGCACUGCUUCGCCGACGGGAAUCCCAAACCGGAAAUCAUGUGGACCAAAGCCGGAAGUUUCGUUCCUCUGGAUGCCAAACAUUUCCCUGAUGACGGCAUGGCCACGCACGUUCUAGCCAACGUGAGAGCCAAUGACAGCGGCGUUUACAUAUGCACGGCAAGAAACGGGUACGGUGUUGCGGAGUCAAGGUCACUCAGGAUCAUAGUUGCAGGUGAAGUACAGAGUCCCUGGAAAAAGACUCCCCAGAUCGCUAUAAUCGCGGGCGUGUCUGCGGCAGCGGCUUGGGUAAUCGUCUGUACCGUGCUGGUGGCGUGUAGCGUGCACCGCAAGAUGAAACGGAACACGGCCACCGUUCCACGUUACGCCCUGCAACUCUCUUACCUCGAAGGGAAGAGAAAAGGGGCGAAUGAACACGGACGAAAGUACGCGAGGGUGCUGUACGACUAUGACCCGAAGGAUGACGACGAACUUCAACUGCGAUCGAACGACAUCAUCGACAUCAUCCGUGGGGACAACGAGGGCUGGUGGUUCGGCUAUCUCAACGGACGGUGUGGGCUGUUCCCUUCCAACUAUGUGGAAGUCAUCACAGUAACAGAGAGAGAAGGUAUAUAG